AGAGUUUCAGUCUGAAGUCAACAUCUGGAUAUCCUGAGAUGACCAGCUGGUUCUAAAUGAGUGUCUUGCCAAUCAGCCUCUGAAAAGAGGCCAAGAGUUGAUGAUGGCAUUAUGAUGAAGACUCAACAAUAAGAAAAAAAACUUGCUCUGGCUUUAAAUACCACUCUAUGGGUAAGCACUUGUCUGAUUGAAUGCUUACUUCACUGCAAGGACUUUGAUUAUCUGGACUAUUUUUAAACUGACUGGAAAGCAAUGUAGCUGGGUCCUGAUUGGUGAGACCUGCUGCUAGAGGCCAAUGACUGACAGAAGAUGUCCAUGAGCGUAAAGAAGAAGAAGUCAUCCUCUGUGCUCUCUGACGCUGCCUCUCAUAAUCAUUCUCAGCGCUAUCCUUCUUCGACCCCUCCACUACCUCUCAGGUCUCUGCAACUUGUUGCUAGGCAACCACAGGCAGCUGUUGUGCUGCGGGAGCAUAAGAAGGCCAAAGGCCAGGCUUCGGCAAUCAGGGAGUCCUGGCCGCGCGCCUCAGCAACAACCCACCACAGAUCUCUGACUCCACCCUCCAGAGCGCAUUCAGCUGCAGAAACUCGGCAACGGCCCUCCAGUAUACCAAGAUCACACAUCGUCUCAGUAGCUCCGACUGCCUCAGUCUCCCAGAAUCCUCUGCUUCCUGCAGCCUGUCCUCAUCGGUCAGUUCCUGCUAGAGCUACGCCCAAUGGGCGAGGUUCCGAUUUAACCAUGAUGUCACUACUGCUGUUUUACCACAGUUCUUCCAGUCUUUUGGGCAUUGAUGGUAAAAUUGAGCAGGCAAUGGAUCUGGUAAAGAGUCAUCUGAUGCUGGUGGUGAGUGAAGAGGUGGAGCUUUUACGAGAACAGCUGAGAGAACUGCAGGAGAGGAACCAGCAGCUGGAGAGAGAAAACCACAUCCUGAGAACGCUGACCCACAACAUCUACUCGCCAACAGGACACAGAAUCUCUCAGUAAUAUUCUCAUGGACAAUCUCAGUGUUCUCCUCUCAGACACAUACAGUCUGAAAUUAAUUGGGCAGUAACAGUUUCCUUGUCUGAAGCAGAAAAUGUCAUGCAGUAAAAAACUGAAAACAUAUUCUGGCGAUGGAAGGCUAACAGGCUAGUCCACGUUUCAGCUGAUAUUAAACUGGUAUGCUAGUGCAAUACAAUGCUACAAUAUCAAAUUUGAACUUUCUGCACUUUCACUGAUACAUUCAUUGCUUAAUGUGAAGAUCAGCUGGAAUUUGUAAAUGAGGAAAGAACAGUAAUCUCUAAAGGGUCUUAGCGUUGCCUGGACAUACUAUGUCUUAUGUCAUUGUGCAGCUUGUCCUCAAAUCUAAAUCCAAAUGUUCACUCUACUUUUGCCAGAAUUAGAUUAACACAAUGUUCUGAUAAUUCAUGGCACACAUAAUUUUUGUGUGUUGACACGAAUACAGUGCAAAACUGCAACAAACUUUACAACAGGGUAAUGCAACACAGGGUUAAUAACCACUAAUACUAUGCUUCUUCCUACAUUUACAACCAUUUUAAUUUUCAGCAUGAUUGUUAUAACUGGCUCAAAUUGAUAUGACUUCCUCUAAUCUGACGUUCUCUUGGUCGUUCUGCAAACUCAGAGCAAUGCAACAUCUGUCCAGAGCAGAUAAACGUCACAGAACCUGACUUAAAAAAAGUCUGAACCGUCUCUUGACAAAAACGUAUCCAUUUCAAGGUGAAUCGAAGACCAACCUACAGCUACCAAGUAACAAACUUUUUCUGCAUUCUUUAGAUUUGCUUUCCAAUCGACUUGUUUAUGAAAUUCUCAUGACUCAGUGAAAUCAAACAAACCUAAAAUUGACAGAGAAACCAGAAACUCUGAAACUUAAUAUACUGUUUUUAAUAAUUGCAUGUCAAUUGUUUUGCUUACAACGCCCAUGUAGUAACACAGGGGGAAAGUUCACACACCUGAGUGAGUGCUUGCUGCUAAACCGACUGUGUUGUCAUGGUAACAUGUUUGACAGACUCACAUUUUGACAUCAGGACUUGUUGCUGCUGCUAGAAUGACAAUGAUUAUGAUGAACAAUAAUAUAUAAAUAAAUUAAUGAGGUAUAAUUAUCC